UCCGGCAGGCUACUGGGCUCCGCCCACACACCUCCCGGCCUGAUUCCUAAACGCCAGCUCGGAGCAAUCCCCUUGGGCUGGAGCCAAAUCCCUGCUGUGAUUUUAAGGAAGACCGGCAGGUCCGGGCCCCCCAGGGGUCAACCCCACACACAUCCCCGCACUUUCCUGCAUGCAGGCCUGCGGGCGUAGAGGGAGUGGAAUUCACAGCCUCCCCACCCAUCCGCAGGGGUCUCCUGGGAGGAACCCACCAGCGAUAGGAACACUGAAGCUGGGCUACGGCGUCCGCCCGAGUCUUUUCUUAAACGCGCCGACCCCGGAAGCGGGGCGUCCGAGGGAGCGCGCGACGGGCCACGCACGUCCGGGCGUCCAGUUCGGGGCAGCUUCUCCGGCUGGGUGGCAACCAACCAUAUCUGAGGACCAGAGCCAUUUUGGGGCACCAGAGCUUGUGACCUCUCCAUCUCCACCCAGCUGGGUCCAGGGGCCACUCUCAGCACUCACCUCAGCAGCUGACAUCAUAAAGCAGACUUGGGAACCUGGAAGCACUCUGGAGAACCUUUCCCUGAGACAUGGAGCUUUGGGGCCGAAUGCUGUGGGCCCUCCUGUCUGGCCCAGGGAGGAGGGGAAGUACCUGGGGCUGGGCCUUCAGCUCAUGGCAACCCCAACCACCUCUGGCUGGGUUAUCCAGUGCCAUAGAACUGGUCAGCCACUGGACUGGGGUCUUUGAGAAGAGGGGUAUCCCUGAGGCCCGGGAAUCCAGUGAGUACAUCGUGGCUCAUGUCCUUGGAGCCAAAACAUUUCAGAGCCUGAGGCCGGCACUUUGGACCCAGCCCUUGACCUCUCAGCAACUACAGUGUAUCCAGGAGCUGAGUAGCCGUCGGUUGCAGAGGAUGCCGGUGCAGUACAUCCUUGGAGAGUGGGACUUCCAGGGGCUCAGCCUAAGGAUGGUGCCCCCAGUGUUUAUUCCUCGGCCAGAAACAGAGGAACUGGUUGAGUGGGUGCUGGAAGAGGUGGCCCAGAGGUCCCAUGCUGUGGGAUCCCCAGGCAGCCCCCUCAUUCUGGAGGUGGGCUGCGGAUCAGGAGCCAUCUCCCUCAGCCUGCUGAGCCAGCUCCCCCAGAGCCGAGUCAUUGCUGUGGAUAAGGGGGAAGCUGCUAUCUCUCUGACCCAUGAGAAUGCUCAGAGGCUUCUGUUGCAGGACAGGAUUUGGAUCAUCCACCUCGACAUGACCUCAGAAAGGAGCUGGACACACCUGCCCUGGGGCUCCGUGGACCUGAUUGUCAGCAACCCUCCCUACAUCUUCCACCAGGACGUGGAGCAGCUGGCCCCUGAGAUCCGCAGCUAUGAAGACCCCGCGGCCCUGGAUGGUGGGGAGGAGGGCAUGGACAUCAUUACCCACAUUCUGGCCCUGGCACCCCGGCUCCUGAAAGACUCUGGUAGUAUCUUCUUAGAAGUGGACCCAAGGCACCCGGAGCUUGUCAGCAGCUGGCUUCAGAGCCGGCCUGACCUGUACCUUAAUCUUGUGGCUGUGCGCAGGGACUUCUGUGGGAGGCCCCGGUUCCUGCAUAUCCGGAGAUCUGGGCCAUAGCAUGGCUGCCCUGUGGAUGCCUUGUCAGUGCCGCCAGCCUGACCAGAGGGAGGUGGAUGGCACUUUCCAGAGCCCAGGUUCUUAUGGCAUUUCCCAAGGUUCUGUGAUUUCCCCAUGCUCUGCAUUUCUAGGAUAUUUCUAGGACACCUGGAUUGGCUCCAUCACAUCAGAGUGGCUGAGGGCAGUUGCUCUGUGUUGGUGAAAUUGCUGUGGGGGUAUCGGGGGAUAUGGCCAGUAAAGUAUUGAGAGACUAACAAAUGGUGACCUAAUGUUUUGUCCAUGACUUGCAGGUCCCCUGACCCCCUUACUCCCAGGUAGCACUGGAGCAAGGGUUUCCUUCUGCCCCAGCAGGGCUGGCCGUCAGUCCCCUGCUUGGUAGUGGUGUGGGGGUGCAGUGUGGAGGAAGGCACGUGAGUCCUCACUCCUGGCCUUGGAUACCAUGGGUCCUGGCAUAGAGCAGCUCACUCCCAGGGAUUGAUUAGUCCUCCACUGCCCUGGGUGCAUGCGUACACAAUUCCCUGGCCAAGCCUGGCUCGAGCACAGGAAGCUCAUCUACGUUUCGACUCAAGGAUGACUGCCUGCUUUCUGGAGGGGAGGGUCUGGAGGUCCUUGCUGCACAGUUCCUGGGUCGCACAUCCACGUUCAUUUAACUGAAGGCUUGAGCCAGUGAGGGGUGUUUCCUUUUUAUCCCCAUAGCUUUUAGCUAAAACAUCCCUCCCGAGUUGACCCCCUGGGGUUUCAAAUAACCCAUGUGUCCCUGCUUGGGGCUGGGGAGAGUGAGAGGCUGAGAUACUGGGCACAGGGUUGUGGCCUCCACCCCAGCUCUGGUCUGUGCAGACUCAUGGCCACCAGGAGGCCUGCAGAUCCAGCCUUCCUGUCAACAGCGACAGGGAAUCUCUAGGUUGGUGAGUGCUGGUGAUGUGAGCCUGCAUCAGGGUGGGUCCUAAGGAACAUGGCAAACCAGGCUGGCUCAUUCCACUAGACUGCCCCCUGCCACCCUGGCACUUCCCAGGGCCUGGCAGUAUGGUCUGAUGGGCAGUAUGGUCCAAUAGGCAGCAUCCUCUGCUACAGCUGGGAGAGCUGAGUUCCAGGGCUGUGUCCUGCAGUGGGACCUUGGGCAGUUCUUUUCCCUAUGAGAAGCUGGCUCUUCUGAGUCCAAGGCCAACGCCAACUGGCAGCCUCUUUACUCUUAGUCAAGUGGAAUGUGCAUGCUGGCAUCUGAAUGUCCAUUCUCCAGGCACGGAGAGCAAGAGAAGGUAUGGACUGCCUGAGGUCACAUGACAGUGGCCAAGUGGAGACAGUAAGUUAGAUCCCUCCCUUUGGGGAGCCUAUAUUGCUGGAGUCAUACCCAGCCUAAGUGUUGCCCUGCACUAUGGCUGGAGGACACAUUUGGUAGAGGUCACACUGCAGCUCCCAGUGCCCCAGUGUCCUGCCCCGUGCCCAGCCCCAGCUGCAUGGACCCUGAGCUGCCCCUGGCUUCCUUUAAGGAGGCUGCUCCAGAAGGAACCUGGGUGGGGAGGGCGAAGGGGGUGCACAACCAGGGCAACGCUCCCCACUUCCUUAGUCCCCCAUGCUCACAGACCUUUGCCUGCUAAGGUCCUCACCAGUAUUGCCCUUUCUGUCUUUCUUCUUGUGCCCUUUGGCUCUUGCUGUCUUCAGCAGCAUCUCAGGGCAGCUGCCCUGACCUCGGAGCAGUCUGUCGCCCCCCCUACACCUCAGCCAGUCCUGGCUUCCCCGAUGGUCUCUCCCUCCUGGCCUCAGGCCCAUUCCUGAGGAAGGGCCUUGGCGAGCUUGUGGAUGUUGCACCAGAAGGAAGUGCAGUGUUGGAGAGUGACACUGUCAGGGCAGCUGGGGCCACAAGCAGGAGCCAGCCUCGGGCAUAACUUUCUGCCCAGAAAAAUGUGCAGCUUGACUCUGCUGAGGAAAAGGUCCAAGCCAAGAGGACUGGCAGGCGGGGCCUCAAGCCUGCAGCCACCGGCUUGAUUGGGCCCUGGACGUUGAGCCCAGAUGUUGGAGCCACACCAGCCUGGAUUUCAAUCCCAGAAUCUGCCCCUCACCAGGAUGUGACCUUGGGCAGAUGACUUCACCUCACUCAGCCUUGGCUUCUAAGGCUGAGAAAUGGGACUUAAUGCUUUAUUUUAUAGGAUGCAUGUGAGGAGCCCGUGGAAUGUGCCUGGCUUGGCACAUUGUGGCAUUUUUCCUUGCCUUCCUCGGAGGAAGGGAGGAAGGACCCAGUGCCCUCAGGCGUCCAUCUGAUGCUUGGGACCAACAUAAGGCAGGCAGGGAUACAAGGCAGUCUGGAAAGAAGGGAAGGCAGGAGUUUGUCUUGGGCUCUUGACUCCUCACUGUUGUCUAGAGAUGGAGCCAGCAGGCUGGUAGUCUGGCAGCCCACAUCUCCCCUCAGCCUCUCCUCACUAUGGCCCCAGUGCCUUGAGGCCCAGGCCAGGGCAGCCAGUGGCUCCAGCUCAGGGAAAGCCAGGCCCACCUGCCCUAUCCCCUCCCUUGCUCCUGAGGCCAAAGCCAGAGACUCCAACUGCCUCCCCACCACCACCAGCAUAUGUCAAGGAGCACUUGCAGGCAGAAUGGGAGGAGGACAUGGAGCUGAUGGAGUCCAGGCUGUGCAAGCCCCUGAGGUCUUGAGAGAUGUGCCCACUGCCCAUGCAGCCUCCUUCAGCCAGAGCCCAGAGCAUAGACAGGAGUGUAGGAGUCCCUGUUUGAUGUACUCUGGGAGAGUAAUUCUAUCUCCUCUUCUGAUAGUUGGGGAAACUGAGGCCUUGUCUCACAGUUGGAUGCUUUUCCCAGUUGUCAGUGGGUUUCUCCAUGGGUCUCAUACAGCUGCCUUAUUGAAAUAUGCCCCGAACCCCCUAAAUGCAAGAAAUACACUCUUUUUUGCUCCUUUACCCCCACCUGGACCCUGGGCCAUUGGCUGCUCCCAAUCCCUGCCCGAAACACUUAGCUGGCUCCCCAUGACUUAAGUGUGUUCUCUUGUGUCCUAUGGAAUCCAGUUCUGAAGAGGUGGGGGAGGACAACUGUGGGAAAAGCCCUGGGGGCUCCUCCCAAGGCCCCAUCAGUGCUCUGAGUAGGCUGCCAUCAGAAUAAAGGGCUCCACUGCUGACAAGGUUUGAGAACUGCUGGCUUGAGGUGAGAACCCCUUUAACCUCUGUGGGACAGCAUGUCUUUCCCUAUCCACCUUCGAUUCUUUUCUCUUUUUUUUCUUCAUUGGCUCCUUCUUAGUGGAUUCUCUUCUCUACUGCCCUGGGCUUCAGCCUUUGUGCAGUACUCUCGGUGCCCUGAACACACACCUUCCCUUUGCCCAGGCAGUGCAAACAAUCCACUUCUUCAAACUCCAACACAAAUGCUGCCUCCUUUAGGAUGCCUGCUCUGUGCUCUCCCUGCCUCCCCUAGCCCAUACCUCUGCUGGCACCUUCUGUACCAUGCCUUCAGAAACCUUCUUAUCCCCCUCAUCUCUGGGGCCCCCUGUGGAUCUGGCAUACCCAAGUUCAGUAAAUGUCUACCAGUAAGCUGAUGGUACAUGCAUUUUCUAGAAUAGAGCUGGGACUUCCCAUGUGGCCCACAUCUGACCUGGCGGCCCAUGUAUUCCGGUCAUUAGGGAUGGGAAGCCAUGAGGACCUGGCCUUCUGCCCGACCCAGGCAGCCAUUCAAGUUGAGCAAUGGCCACUUCGAAGACUCAAGUGCACCUGAUCCCUGCGCGACAGCCACACCAGGAGAACAGGCUGUCCUUGGCGGCAGUAGGAGCAGGCACCAGGUUUCCUGGAGCUCUUGGCUUCAGCCAGCCCCCAGCCAGAGUCCUGGCUAGGACAGCGACCUGAUCUCCUCCUCAUGACCUUCUGCCCUGGACAAGCCCCCUGAACUGGAUUUGGGACUGUCAAAGCAACUCUACCCCUGCUCUGGUAGGCUGAACAGUGACCCCCAAAAUGGCAGUGUCUUAAUCACCUAAACCUUAACAUGUGACUAUAUUACCUUCACAUAGCAAAAUGGACUUUGCAGAUGUGAUUAAGGAUCUUGAGAUGGAAGGAGUAUCCUGGAUUUUUCAGGUAAACUGAGUAUAAUCACAAGGGCCUCUGUAAAGGAGGCAGGAGUGUCAGAGUGACGGAAGAAAAUGUAUGUAACAAUGGAAGCAGAGGUCAGAGUGAUGCAAUUGCUGGAGGAAGAGCCAUGAGCCAAGGAAUGAAGACAGCCUCUUCUCCUCUGGGGCCUCAAGAAGAAUGCAGUCCUGCCAAUACCUUGAUUUUAAGCCCUGUGAAACUGAUUUCAGAUUGCUGACCUCCAGAACAGUAAGAUCAUAAAUUUGUGUUGUUUUCACAUGUGUGAAAACACAUGUGUGAUAAUUUGUUACAGCAGCCACGGGAAACGAAUAUAGAUUGUGGUGCCCAAAUUAGAGUGCUGCUGUAACACACGCCUACUGAUUGAAGUGGCUUUGGAAUUGCAACGUGGAAAUGGGCAGAGGCUGGAAGAAUUUUGAGAGUCAUGAUAAA